ACUGCGCCACAACGGGAACUCCCAGCUUUCAUUUUAAAUAGAUGAAAAAUAAGUAGGUGAGAAUAGUAUGUAAUAAGGGUAUUAGUUCGUGCAAAUUUUUAUUAUAAGAUGUGUCAAAUAUAGUUCUUAGAGUGAGGUGGUUUAGUAAAAUAAAAACGAAAGUAACUGGCGUUUAAUAUGCAAGCUUUUUUUUCUAUAAUGAAAAGAAGCAGCUCCCCUUAUGAAAAAAAAUCUGAGCUCCUUUGGUUGAAAAGGACUCCUGUCCCGGGGGAUUACUUUCAUAGAUUUCAAAGCCUGAAAUUCAAGGAAGAAAGUGCCUACUUUAGCAUUUUAGGUUUCUGUGAGCAAAUAACAGAGGAACUUCAAAUCCAUCACAGAUGCUGCCUGCCAUAGCCAUUUAAGCCUAGGAGUGCUAUUUAAUUCUAUUUCCCCAGAAAGUGUAUCUUAAACAUACCUUGUCUCACAGCCUUGGAGAAUUUCUCAAUGGCUGCCUCUCCAGCCUUCUCUCUUUAAGAGCAGAGUGUCCGAGCCAAUGAGGUGCUGCUGUUCUGUUUCCAUAGCAAUAAAAGAAACAAACCUUCCUCUGCCAUCCCCAAGGAGAAACCUCACAACUCGAGGCUCAAAUCAAGAGAAUCUGAACGGAGGGGUGAGCUUCUGUUCUGGUUUAACUUUCCCUGCAGUACUGAAUUGUCUUUAGGAGGGAAAUUCAUGCACGCUCCAAGUCAGCCUUCGUAAAAGCCUUUGGCUGGCUUCAGCCUGUCUCUCUGCACCACACAUACUGUGGAUUUUCUGCUCUAGCAUUUCAAUCACUUGGAAUGACCACUAAAGCCUCAAGUUCUGGAACCUCUGGAUUUAACCUAAAAUGAAUUCUGAUUUUGUGUUGAUGGGAAACACUUUCUCUGUAUCGUUGUGGGGUCUUUAAGGGCCUUGCCUUGGAGAGGAACCACAUGGGAAAAACAAAUCUUUGGGCAGUCCAGGAAAGGGCCUUCUGACCUAGAAGCCAGGGCGGCCCCCGACCUGCCAUGUACCCCAACCCUCUCAUCUACUGCACCUGCUGGGACCCCUGGAACCUGGGACCACGAAGGCUAAUCAAGACUCCUCAGCCACCCAGGAAGACCUCUCCAGUGAAGCCCAAGCUAACUCCUCUUCCUUCAGCUUCAAAAAAACAAAAUUAUGUCCAACCAAUAACUAAAUCUGUUAUCACCCCAAAGAUGAAAAUCCAUUUAGGAAAACAAGAGGAGAGCAAUAAAUUACCUAAUGGCCCUAGCAGAAGAUCGAUCGGUGCAAGCUCAGCGCUCCAAGUCUGCACUGUUUACCUUACCUUCCGCCCCAACUCCCAGGAAGUGAUAAACGUGUCACCUGGCUACCGCCUCAUUCGAAACAGGGAGCAGGUUUCCGUCACCUUGGGAGAUGAGAUAUUUGAGAGGAAAAAGCUUUUGGAAUCAGAGCACAUGAACAAAGUCAAUUUUUCCAGGACUGACAUCGUUACCGACCUAGAAGAACAGAUCUCAGAGCUGACAGUGAUUAUAGAGCAAAUGAACAGAGAUCAUCAUUCUGCCCAGAAAUUGCUCUCCCAUGAAAUGGAUCUCCGCUGUGCUGAGAUGCAGCAGAACUUUGAAAGCAAGAAGAGGGAGCUUGAGGAGGCUCAUGCAGCACAGCUCUGUGAGCUGGAGAAAAACUACAAAGCAGCUUUGAAGGCAGAGAAAUUGGCUGCCCAGGAUAAACUAGAGGAGAUGGGAAAGGAAUAUAAGUAUUUGAAGAAUAUGUUUCACAUAUAUCAGGACAGCAUUUAUGAUGAAAUGGAGGACAAAUGGUCAAAAAAGAAGGCAGAAUGGGAGAAGGAUGAGAAGUUGGAGCGGGAAAAGAUCCUGCUACAGCAAAAACAUAGGAUAACCAAAAAGUUUGAGUUAGAGUCAGAAGAAGAGAAGAAGAAACUAAGUGACUCCUACAGUGCUAUCUUUGAGAACUUCAAUCAAGAGAAGGAGGAGCUCUUGAAACAACAUGAAAGGGACACCUUGCAAUUAGAGGAGCUGAGGAAGAACAAAGAGGUCUUAGAGGAAGAGCUGCAUGCUCAAGCUCUUAUUCUGGAAUCACUUAACACAACCCUCUACCAAACCCAGAUGGAGCUCCAGAGAGAGAAAGCUAUGGUGGCAAAUCUGGAGAAAGCACUCCAAUCCAAGCUCGCUGAAGCUGAAGAAAAGUUUCAGUGCACCAUCCAGCACCUGACAGAAGAAAACAUUCUUCUAAGGCAAAAGAUGAUUGCCAAAAAUGAAGAAAUUUAUGACGAACGAUCCAGGAAAUCAACCUCUGUUACAAUUUAUGAGCAUAAUUCUGAAGACGGCGGCAGCGAAACACAAGAAUCAUGAGCAGAAAAGCUAUUUUCUAUCAUCAAAGGCAGUGAUAGCCUUUGUAGGUUUAAGAACUCCCGUGAGGUUUUCUUAAGAAAUGCAUAUGGUGAGUUUAGUUCUUGGGUUGCCUUUGUUUUAGUUGUGUCUUUUCACAAUCUGUUCUCUUCUGAGUGGCUGGGAAUGUUUGAACUCUCAUCUCAACAUAGACUUUCAUGACCCUUCAUUGAAAAGUGAUUUUCUCGGAGUUCCCGAUGUGGCUCAGUAGGUUGCAAAGCUGACUAUUAUCCAUGAGGACGCAGCUUUGC